ACGUAAUUUAUGUGACUAUCGAUUGAUUCAAAACAAAGUGUAAACAAAGUCCACAAAAUCCGUGACAUUUUGUGGCGAAGAAGGGAUUCUUUGUCUACAAAUCGACGCCAAAGACCUGAUCCAAGACAUCAUUCAUUUGAUUAAAACAUUUAUUCAUUAUUUUUAGAAAGACUUUCAUUAAUAAAAUGCAAACUAAAUGUUGAAUUGGGAUCAGAAUCAAGAAAUACUUGUCGAUUCAUUCACAAAGAUCGUGACGUGUCUGCACGUGUGACCGCACGGGAGACGGCCGUAGAGGUCGUGCGUAGAGUGACUCAAGUGGUCGGCGGACAGACAGAGUGUUGUUUUAGGUUCGGGAAUGCGUUGUGUUGUGAAUUGAGUUUGAAUUUGUAGAAUAAUAAUGGUUUGAAUGUGUUUUAUAUGACUUGAGCCGCACUUCUCUUGAACUGUCAUUUGAUUGGUUGAAAGCAUUGGUUUUGGUUUUGGUUUCUAUUAUUGACAGCCAUUUGCAGAACGAGCUGACAGUCAGUCACUCAUUGUUGCAAAUAAUGACUGAAGAUAUCGAAUGCGAAGUCGAAUACGACGAUCACGUGAUCGACCACUUCAUCGAAGAAGUUCAAGAAGAGGAAGUGUUGGCCGAAGARAUUGACCAGCAAGAGAUCGGCGGUCACGAGAGCGGCCAACAAGAGGACGACGACGACGAAGACGACGAUGAAGAAGAUCGAGACGACGAAGUGGACGACGACCCGGACGACGAACAGAACGGCGAGUUUGACGACGAAAAGGGAGAAGCGGACGGACCGGGCGAGUGGUCGGCAUUCACGGGGUUGCGGUCGAAACAGUUUUCGUCUGAAGAAUUGGCGAAUUUUCGUCGUCCUUUUGAAUUGGGAUGGAAAAGAGAAGUCGUCUUAAGAGGAACGGUCACGACUUCGGGCAAAAAAAUCGGAGAUGUUUACUAUUUUUCUUGCGAUAAAAAGACAAAACUGCGGUCUUAUGUCGAAAUGGGAUUAUUCUUGAAACGCGCGCCCGAUUGUCAAUUGGAACCAAAGAACUUCACUUUCGCGCGCCAACCCAUCUUCAGACCACCGCAAGAGAUUGUCAGACACGCAAUGCAACGCGGAGGAGGUCCUCACGCUCUCCAACCGUCGCAUAUCAUAGAUUCGGCUCCUUUUGCGCCACAAAUGCCGGAAACGCCUGAAAAAAGCGAACCGUCUUCUGGAGGACAAUCUCCCGUCGCCUCGAGAUCUGCUCGCAAUUCAACGGCCAGUGAAAGCGAAGAAACGGCCAGAUCUUUGGCAGAGGGAAGGGCAAAGAGGAAAAGAGUGGCGCCGACCAGAUUCGAAGACGAAGACUAUUCUGAAUCACCGCUGAAGAAGAAGUCGUCGAAAGGAGUUCCAAACGGACAACCGAUUGCCUCGACUUCGGCCAAGACUGCGUUUGUUUCGACGAAACAGACAAAUAGCGGACAAAAGCCUUCUCUUCAGGAAAAACGACGACAACUUCAACACCAACUCUUACAACAAGUUCACGAACAGAGUCUGCGCAAAGAAAAGGAACAAAUGCAGGCCAAGGAACAGCUCAGGGAUCACGUCAAAGAACAGACUAACGGACAACUCAUUCCUAGCAAUGAAACCACAGAAGAGGCGCCGGAAGUCAAACCCGAAGCGGAAAUCGAUUCCAAAAACGAAUCCAAAACUGAAAAACCGGAGAAAAUGAAUGCAAGAAAAUCGAUCGCUCCUCCGCCGAAACCGCGAGACGAAGACGUGUCGUCUAAACCGGAGGUCAAAGAAGCAGAAAUAUCCGACAAGUCAGAGGCGGAGGGCGUGUCCGAGGCAGCGGCCGGAGCGCCGUGUUCAAUGCAUUGUCCGGGAAGACGCGGAAUGUUACCCAAUCUGAUGUGUUCGCGCUGUUUCUGUCUCUACCACUUGGAUUGCGUUCCCGGCGGAGUAUUCCUCGAAGAACCACGUGUCUUUGUUUGUCCCAACUGUUUGAAACCCGAAGACUCGAGAAAACAGGAAAAACUUCAAAACGGAUUCUCCGAAACUCCGGACAACACUUUGCUCUCAAAGACAUCGCUUUUGGUGUCUUCGACUCCGCUCUUGAUGUCGACUUCUUCGGGACAAAGACCGCAGAAGACAUUCGCACCGAUUUUGCCGAAACCUCCGAAUUUGAGUCAAAACCCGAUUUUCCAACAGAUGGCGCUUAAAAAGAAACCUUUUGUCGCAAAUUCACAGAAUUUAUCUCAACCCUUCAAAAUGACAAACAGAAUGCCAACCGGACAACACAUCCGAGUGGCCACCGGACCGAACGGACAUUCAAUGGUCGUAAAAGACAAAUCCAUUCGUCCGAAAGUUAAGCCCUUUUCCGCUCGUAAAUCCAUAGCAAAUGGUCACAACUCUCGUCCUUCAUUGCCGUCACUCGCUGUGUAUCGUCCCGCACCAAUUGCUCCCAUUGGACCAAUGAAACACACUCCGGCCGAACUCGAGCGCCAAUUGCGACGCUUUCUUCGCCCGAAUCCUCGCAAACGCCGCGGAUAUCGCGAAUGGCUUGAAAGACGUCGUCCAACAGUCGACGCUCUUCUCGCUCCGACCGCUGCUCUUAAUCGCGUUCUGUCUUAUCUUUCGGUAACCGAUUUGGUCCAAUUACGCGCCGUUUCGCGUGUGUGGCGACAUCUGGUGUCUCAACCGCAUUUGUGGCGACGCCUCCUCUUGAAGGGCGUGUCUGUGCAAGACUGGGCGUGGUUGGCCAGAAACGUCAUCGAAACGAAUGCGUCUCAAGAGUUGGAUUUCGACGGGAUUAAGACGGGAGUGGAAGUGGUCGACUUUUGGCGAAACUUCGGACAACUCGUGGAUUAUAUUCGUUCCGUUAGAACUCUUCGCUUCGGAACAGUUCCGACAUUUGUUUUGGAAGAAGUGGUUUCUGCGGCCGAAACUGAAAAUCCUUACAAUUCGUUCUCUUUUUUGGAAAGAAUUUCCGUGAAAAACGCUUUCGACGAAGAAUCCGAUGGAAAACCAGUUUCGCUUCACUUUCUCUCGAGUUUCGCCGCUUUAAAGGCUUUAACAGAUCUCUCUCUCAAUUCGAAAGUUGGCUUUUCUUGUGAAGACCGAAUCGAGGAUCUGCUGAAGACUGUCUUCGAAUCCAUGCAUUUGGAACGUCUGGUUUUGACUUCUCUUAAAGACUUUCAAAACCAACAAUUUGUGUUUCUUCAGUCUCUGCGAAAUCUCCGACAUCUGGAGAUCGGUUCUUGUGUCCAUUGGUUCGACGAUAUGAUCGACGAAUCACUUUCGGGAGCUUUUGUCCAUUUGGGGGCUUUAGAGGGGUUGCAGACGUUGCGAUUGGUUGACAUCCAUAUCGACGACCAAUCAGAGAGUUUGCCUCAAACUCUGCAACUGUUGCGCCAUCUGUCGGCUUUGACUUUCGAUAAUCUUCGGAUAGAUCCGUCGGGUUCUGCGGUUGUCGACUCUUUGGUCGUUGUUUUGCGCGGUCUUCCGCUCAACACUUUCGCCAUUUCGACUUCGGAUGCGCUGACAAACGCUCGAGCAUUGGAUUUACUCAAGAAAUUGGAUUCUUGCGCACAUUUACACUGGAAAGUGGCCGUUGCUGUCGAAGACUCGGGAGAAUGUUUUGUUCCGUUCGCUACGGAAGAGACGGGCGAAGAAGCGGAUGCGGAAGACGCGAGCGAAAAGGAAAAAGUGGAGAAAAGCGUGAAAUACCGAGAUUUGACUUUUUUGAAUGAAAUUCUUCAGUCAGAGCUUCAAAAAGCGAGUCUCGAAAUAAUUCCGCAAUAAUUGAGUCGAAAAUGACUUUCAAUUCGUUUAAUAAUAAACUUUUCAUU